AUGAGUAUAACCAGAGUGUUCUUCCACAUAGUUUUGGAGCGCAACAUGCAAUUACAUCCACGAUUCUUUGGUCAAAACCUUCGUGAAAACCUCGUCUCUAAGCUCAUAAAAGAUGUCGAGGGCACUAUCAGUGGCCGACAUGGGUUUGUAUCAGCGGUAACUGGAAUAGAAAGCAUAGGAAAAGGAUUGAUCCGAGACGGGACUCCUUUCGUCACCUUCCCUGUUAAGUACCGAUGCGUUGUUUUCAGACCUUUCGAAGGCGAGGUUUUGGAAGCUGUUGUCACACGGGUCGUUCAGAACGGAUUCUUCGCCGAAGCUGGCCCUCUUCAGCUUUUUGUGUUCAAUCAUGAGAUGCCAGAUGGUAUGGAGUAUCAGGCUGGUGACAUGCCUAAUUACACAUCAUCAGAUGCAUCAGUUAGGAUCCAGAAAGAAUGUGAAGUGUUACUAAAGAUCACAACCGUCAGUUUUGUUGCCAAUGAGAUCUUCUGUUUGGGUAGCAUCAAAGGAAAAAUUUUGGGGCUCCUUGACGAUCGUGCAUAA